AGGAAAACACGGACAAACUGUGGACAUGAUGGUAGUCAGCUAGCCUGCUAGCCAUUUUAGCCUUUUUUAUUUUCAUGGCAAAAUGUUCGAUAAAAUGUAAUCAUUUGUCUGUUGACGAAGGAGGAAGUGGAGGGGAUGUGGCUAAAUAAUGGGUAACGUUUUUGGGAGAAAGAGUCAACCCACGCGUGUAACGGAACAAGACAAAGCCAUUUUGCAAUUAAAGCAGCAGAGAGAUAAGCUGAAGCAGUACCAAAAGAGAGUCACCCUCCAACUGGAGAAAGAGCGACUUCUGGCAAAGCAGUUGCUAAAUGAUGGGAAGAAAGAAAAAGCACUGCUGCUUCUAAAGAAAAAACGAUAUCAGGAUCAGCUACUCGACAAGACUGAAAAUCAAAUAUCAAACCUAGAGCGGAUGGUUCAAGAUAUUGAGUUCAUGCAAAUUGAAUUGAAAGUCAUCGAGGGACUUAAGGUUGGCAAUGAUUGUCUGAAGAGUAUGCACGAGAUCAUGUCAAUUGAAGAUGUGGAGAGAAUCCUGGACGAGACCCAGGAAUCAGUUGAAUAUCAAAGGCAAAUAGAUGAAAUGCUGGCUGGAGCUCUGACGCAGGAGGACGAGGAGGCUGUUUUAGCAGAGCUGGAAGCGAUCACUCAGGGAGAAGAUGUAGCACUUCCAGAAGUCCCCACUGAGCCAAUACCAGAGGUCCCAGAAACAGCUAAAGCUGAACCAGAGAGGAGAGAAGCAAAGGACAAGCCAGACAGAGAGAUGUUAGCAGCCUAGAACAGAGUCAAUUUGUGGUUGGGAGUUGACUUUAUUGUGCUUUCACUAUUGUAUCCUUAAAUGUUAGCAGAUGAAGAUGGGAACUGCACAUAUCAGUGCCCCCCUAAAGUAUCUACAAAAAGGAAGUGAAAUGUUGUAUUUCUCUGACUUGCAUUAGCAAAGCAAUGUCACAUUGUAACUGUUCUGGUUAUGGUGUAACAUAAUGAACUGACACAUUUUUAGAUGUUUUACACAUUCAUUUCAGUUGUUUUCCAUAUUAAAUUGAGCUGUG